AUGGACGACAAAGUUUCAAUUGUCUUAGUGUUCCUUUUCUGUGUGGUUUUGAUUCCUUCCACAGCAUAUUCAGAUCAUCCCCCCCCACGUAUUCAAGGUACUCCAAAACCACAGUAUGUCGCCCGAUUAGGAGAUACAAAACGGUUAAGAUGUGCUGUGACGGGGCUUCCACCACCGUCUAUCACAUGGAUCAAAAACGACCAGCCCUUGCACCAAUCUGAGAGGAUAAAAAAACUAAACGAGGACAAAACUAUAAAGAUCAAAGGAGUUCGACUUGAGGACCGAGGUAACUACACCUGCAUUGCUGAAAAUCCUCUAGGGAAAGUCAACCUGACGCUCCAGCUACACGUGCGUCACGAUGAAAAUCUGACAGCUACUGAUUCACCAUCAGCAACUAAAAGGCCUACAACUGAGCAUCAGGCUAGAGGUAAGCAAGCAGAUUUAAUGACGAAUCUCAAGACUACGGAAUCCACAGGAGCACCAGUAUUUAGCGAUCCAAACUUGUUAAAGAGAUCAUUCAGGGCAUGGCCUGCAUCACAGUCCAUACGACUGAAAUGUCAAGCAACUGGUGCACCACCGCUCAGAUACAUAUGGUUAAAGGACGGAAAGGACAUAAAAAACCGACGGUUGGAUCCAUAUGUUAAUGCCUCCCUUUGGUACCUGAAACUGCGCGAUCUUGUACCCGCUGAUUCUGGGAGAUACACUUGUCUAGUAUCCAAUCGUUAUGGAUCAAUAAAUCACACCUUUACUCUUCAAGUUGUUGCUAGACCACACUCAGCUCCAAUCCUAAUGAGAGGUUUUCCAAUGAACAAAACUGUGCAGGUUGGAGAUAAUGCAACAUUUACCUGUAAUGUUCAUACCAAUGGAAUUCAUAUGGAUUUCAUAUGGCUUAAAUGGACUUCUAUGCCUACUUACGAAGACAUUUUAAAUUCAUUUGAUUCAUUUGAUUCAUUUCGACGUAUAGACCCACACUAUUACAAGGCCGUUCAAGUUAAAAGUAAUUAUAGUCUUAUGGUGAAUAUUGUUAAUGUGACCGAGGAUGAUUUUGGACUCUACAUAUGCUAUGUGAGGAAUCCUAUGGGCAAGGAUUUCAGGAGUGCAUACCUCAUCAAAUAUGUGAAACCCAUGGUCCCUGGGACAGAUAAGAAGACUCGAAAUGCUCUUGUCCCUGGGAUCGUCUUAGCAUGCGUGCUAAUUACUGUGGCUGUUUUAACCAUUAUCUGUUGGCGCCGUCGAUCGAACCGUAUCAAGAAGCCCUUAAAACCUUCAGUUUCACUGUCAGAAACUAAAUUUGAAUACGAUGCGUUCGUUAUUUUCAGCUCUCAAGACUCGGAUUGGGUGACUAAAACUCUAAUUCCAACUCUUGAGGAAAUACACCAUUUUAAAUGCUGUGUACACUACAGAGAUUUCGUUCUUGGAGUACCUUAUCGUGAAAAUAUGGUCAAUAGCGUUUACAAGUCUAGAAAAACUAUAGCUGUCGUGUCUAAGAAUUUUUUUAAGAGCAAUUAUUGUUGUUCAGAAAUGGAAUAUGCCCUCCAUCGACUUAUGGAAAGGAGAGAUGAUAGUGUAGUCGUCAUCAAACUUGAUGAAGUUAACAGAGAAAAAAUUCCUAAGGAGCUGCGAAAAAGGAGCUAUAUAGACUAUGCGAAGAAAUUUGAAAAGCAUCACUGGGAAAGAAAACUGGUUGAUUGUUUAACAAUUCCCAACGAUCAGCCACAGGAACAGGUUUUGUAAUAAGCUUUCUUUGUCUAUCCAGUCACUUACUUCAACGUUGGUGGUGUAUUAGUAGAUAUAUGACAUUUUUUACUUAAGCUGAAUUAAUUCACUCUCUGUUUUAAUUCCAAUUUCUUGCGGUUUCAAAUGAGACAUCGCCCUCUUACAUUCGCUAAGGCUUCCCAGGAUCAUUUAAGUUUCGUAUCAAAUGAGUAACAUUUUAACGUUUAAAAUCUUUAUAAAGCAGGGAAAAUUGAAGAGUCUCGUAUUCAGAAACGAGAGGAUGGUGAUUGAAACUAAUGCGAAGAGGAAUUAGGAAGUAUAAAAGUCCUUUUCGUACAUCUACUGCAUGUUUAGUGAAGCAGAACUCUUCCAAAGUCUUCAAACUAAGAAUGUCAAUAAAUUCAUUAUUUCUAGAAAAGUAAACACGAUCACUUAUUUUGGACCUAGACCCCAUCUACCCACAAUCGGUCUUAUGUGAAAUUUUAACUUUGUUGGAUGGAAAAUGUAAACUUAUGGAUACAAACAGACAUGUUUUAUCACACUUUGAGGUUUGAAAUUAGCAGAUUGGAGUUAAGAAAUACUGAUUUCAUGAAUGAAAUUUUUAGUGUAGUAGAGGAAAGUAUCCCCAGAUGGU